AUGUGUCAAGGUUUUAUCACGAUGUUAUUGAUGAUGUUAUCAAUGGAGUUAAAGACGAUUGGGUGGAGGACGGAUUGGAUCUGCAGUCCCACUUGUCAGUUAUGGACAACGAAACUAGAGGAAACACACGUGUUCGAUCCCGAACCGACUGCUCAACCAGCAGCACAAUAUCUCAGCCUUAUCCAGCGCUCGCAAGUACAGCUCCGCCCCACCACACCUGUCAGUCUGAUCAACACCAGUGUCGCUGUUCCAGUUCGCCAGCUCAACGUUGCCAGUCGCAUGGUGGUCUCUUCAGUUAAUUCAGGUGCUGGCUCUGCUGAGUCAGUCUCUCUCUCAGUUGCUGCACCAGGUUCUCUGUCCAAUAUUCGUCCCCAUACCACUCGAACAACCGACGCAGUUAUUCCAAACAAUCUCACUCAAUCUGGUGCUCACCUUACCCAGGCCCAGCGGUUCUCACAGCAUCCUGUUGUUCAUGGUGGCUUGAUUGGCGGCGUUCCAGCUGUGAUCCCCUCUAGUGCAGCAACCACGCAGCUGUUUCCACAGCACUCCCGAACUGUUGGAUCCGCUACCAUUCAGUCGGGUGCGACUCCUCAGUUAGCAGCCCUCCCUUCCGGCCUCACGGGUAAGCAAAUCAAAUCUUUACCAUGCAAGUGGUUUUGA